AUUUGUUAGCGCGAAAUGUGUAAAUUGUUCCCGAAAAAUAAUGCGCCGUUCCGGGAGGUUUUAAUUGUCAUGACUACAAGGUACGAUUUCGGGUGGAAACAGGAGAGAAGAAACAUGUCUUCAAAGAGGAAAUCUCCGCCGACUAAAUUACAAGAAGGCGGGUCCGGCAUUGAAGAAGCAGCACCUUUGCCGCCGACGAUAAUCGGCGGUGGAAGUGAAGGGGGUCUGACCGAUUUGGACGAAACUAGUAGUAAUAAUCUUAGCGAUCUCGGGGACGAGGAUCCGACAACGAUGGUCAGUAAUAACGUCGCGUUUUAUCAAUUGUCUGAAUCGCCAUCGGGAUCUGGUUCCGGUAGUGACGUCGAUGAUGGUAUUGAAGAAGACCGAUCGCCCCCAAAAAAGCAAAGAAGAGGAUACACGGACGCUCCCAAUAGCAAUUUGUUAGUUCCUGGUGCACUUUCCGCAAUGGCUCUGCAUAAUGAUCAACUGAGGCAAGAGUCGGAAAAUAGACGAAGAAAUUCCUCCGAAUGUAGUUCGCCAUCUUCAGAUAUUAAAACCAGUAUACAUUAUAAUAAUAAUAAUAGUAGUUUGCAUAAUAACAAUAGUUCCUCACACCCUGUAAAACGUUCAAUGGACGAUGUGCUGAAAAGAUUAACGUCAAAAAUGAAUAGCAGUACAAUAAAAGAAGAGCAAAAGCGGCCUACACCGUCGACGACGCCCAACUCCAUCCACAAUUCCGACAUGGAAAGCGUGGCAGCGUUACAGCAGGCACUUUCGGGAGAUAACGUUUUGGAAAAGGAACGAAAAAUCUCCGAAAUGAUCUUGCAGUUGCAAAUGCUACGCGGUCAGCUACUGUCUCAAGACCCUCCCCAGCAAGAAUCCAACAAGACAAGUGCGAUUGCGGAUGAAACACAGAAGCAAAUCGAACUUCAAAUUCACAGGCAUGAGCAGCUCUUGCAGCAACAGAAACUUCACGAAUUACACGCAAAGUAUGCAGCGACCGGUGCCGUUGGACCUCAAGGACUCGUUUUUCUACCUUUCCUUGAGCAGCUGCGAGGAUUGCACCCGGCAGCUGUACCCCCCGGUUUGGGAAAGUCACAUAUACCCAAUCAGAUGCUACCUCCACCUCAUCAAGUUCCAAAUUGGAUAUCAGCAACAGCGCAUUUGGCCCAAAUGUCCGCAGCCGCAAUCUCGACCACAACGGACAAACGAUCUCCCCCGCGUCAGCCAACUCCCUCUCCCCCACCACAAAUAUCCGACCCCGACGCCCCCCUCAAUCUCACAAAACCUAAGUCUUCCAGUUCUGAAUCGACCGGAUCUAGUCCUCACAAUAUCCCAGUCAGUAUGCAAAGCUUUAGCGAGCAGCCCGUCGCAGCUACCACCCCUAAACUAUUACCUCCAGGUCUCGUGAUGCCCAGACCUUUCCUAGCGUACGCGGGCUUACCGCCUCAAUUCCCGCUGCCCCCCAACACAGAUCGCCACAAAACGGGAAAGGAGGGCCUACUGAGCCCUGACAAACACCAUUUUCCCAUGCACAUGUAUGGAUUGUCAAGCGCGUCGCACCUCACCGGUGGCAAACCUAGGGAUGACCCCUCGAUUAAAGACGAACCCGACUACCUUGCGGCGUGUCACAUGUGGGCCGGUAGCGACCCCAGUUAUAAGCUGGCCGAAGACAGCAAGGACGCGAAAAUUGUAAGGCAGGUGAAGAGGGAAUCCGAAAACAAACCUCACAUCAAGAGACCAAUGAACGCAUUUAUGGUGUGGGCGAAGGACGAAAGGCGAAAAAUCCUGAAGGCUUGUCCCGAUAUGCACAACUCCAACAUUUCAAAAAUCUUAGGAGCGCGCUGGAAGGCGAUGUCAAACGCAGAGAAGCAACCCUACUACGAAGAACAGUCGCGACUAUCAAAGCUGCACAUGGAAAAACAUCCGGAUUACCGAUAUCGGCCGCGACCUAAACGAACUUGCAUCGUAGACGGUAAAAAAAUGCGCAUUUCGGAAUACAAAAUGCUAAUGCGCCAAAGGCGACAGGAAAUGCGCCAGUUAUGGUGUCGCGACAGCGGUUCCGAGAUGAGCUUUCUUGCACCCGGUUCGGACCUAACGUCGCCCGCGUCUACGUCAGCGGGAAGAAUGUCCGUUUCUCCCCCCAUGAUUUCGAUGAACGGUGCGGGGCCGAGUUCCGAAGGAUUUUAUCACAGUGACAGUAUUUCCCCAGAAGCGAUGAGCUUUAUGCACGAACAUUCUGCCUACGAUUCGAGUCCCAGACAUGAUGAUGACUGAACCUGAGUUUCAAGGGAACUGAGCUUCCCUUGGUAUUAACGAAUUCACGGGCGGAUACGAGUUGGAAAAUCGGUGACUUACUCGAAUAAACGACAUGACAAAGUAUUUUAAAUUAUUUAUUAUCUCGACAAAGGAAUUUGUAUAUAUAACAUACUUUCCUUUUUUUACGAACGCUCGAACUUAUCCAGAUGUCAGUGUCCCUUAACACAGUGUUCUCGAGGGCAGUUCAAAUUCAAGUGUGCCAUCUAGUUGACGCAAAUGUGAACUUUUACGAGACUUAUAAAAAAUUAUUGGUUAUUAUUAUUAUUAUCACAAUUAUUUGGUGUUGUAGUUGUAUUGUUAUGUAGAUAUGCCAUUCAGAUUUUCAUGUUAUUUAUUUACAUUUAGUUAUAUAUCGAAAUUUGUUUUUCUCUUUUAUUGUAAAUUCUUGUAAAGUUUUAUAUGUGUUUUUUUACAUUGCAUAUACGCGAAUAAAUUUAUUAACAGUAACUUUACAUAGUGCUCAGUGUUUUUGGUUCAAGUGCAAUGUCAUUUUCAUGUAUAUUAUUUUCUACUGUUGAUGUUUGUAUAUUUUAAUGUUAAGAGCCAGUACUUUAACUAAUAUUAUUUAUUUUAAAGUUAUUUGUACUUGUACAGUGCCCUAUUUUUACCGAAUCUGUACUUAUAAGUGCCCUGCGCCAAUCGCUACCUAUCGGUAGAGGUCUUAAUUUUUUUUAUAAUCUUCAUCUGCAAGUACCUGGGCACUUCUACUUAAUCCAUUUCUGUUUUAGAAACGACAUAUUGUAAAUUUUGUUAUUUAAUUGUUGCAAAAACAAUCAAAAUUUUAUAUAUUUUAUUUUACAAUCAGUACAAAGUUGUUUGUUUUUGCAAUUAAAUCGAUGAACUUUACAAUCACCACGUAUUUAACCUUAAAAAAUAAUAUUGUUCAUGGGUAUUUAAGCAAGUAGAUUCUAGAAUGUAAAUACUUUUAAAAAACAGGCGACGACCUUUGCAAGCCAAUUUUUAUUUUAUUAUUACAACUAAUAUUUCUCGAACGCCCGCAUUUUUCAUUGAUCCAAUGUUAUUUCUUUGCAGUAUUUAGUUAUAAAUUCCCUCUGAAGCAGCUUAUGAUUUGAAUCGUUAUGGGGCCAUUUUUAUUAAACAAAAUAUUAGUUGUCUAUAAAGAAAGGUUAGAGAAGUGUUAUAAUUGUAUUUGAUGAUAAGUUAAAUAAAAUGUGAUACCUGUAAUCUACAUAGGUAUAGUUUAUUUGAAGUAUGUAGUAUUUUAAAUUGAGACGUAAAGCACUAGUGUUGAAAAAGUGAAACGGAGAGAAAGAGCAAAUGUUUGUAUGCAUUUAAAAUAUUCCUUAAUGCAUAUAGGGCUAGUGAAUGUUGUUUAUAAAAAUACCAUAAUCAAUGUGUAAUGUCUAUGAAAUAUUAAAAAAAAAUGCAUAGACCUGUAUCUCAAAAACAUUUAAAGAAAUGAUUACUAGAACUAUAGGCUCACUGUUUUCUGUGCCAAAUUCAAGGAAAUAAAUUGUAAAAUGUA